AUGACUGCCACACUGACAGAUGACAUAGUAGCGACAGUGCUCGAGCAGAUCGAGGACAAGUCGUACGAGGACGAGAAAAUGAAGGCGGGGAUGAUAAAAGAUGAGGCGAAUCAGUUUUUCAAAGGUUAGUGAUUGGUUUUUAGUGUAAACACGUUGAAAAUAUUAUCGGAGCAUUUGAACGUGAAUGCGCUCUACCGCACACCACGUGAAUUAAAUGCUAACUUGUAAAUUAGAAAACGUCGCGGUAGCGGCCGGGUUUUCACGUGGGAAUGCGGUAGAGCGCAUUCAAAUUCAAACGUCCCGAUAGCAUAACCACUUAGGCGAAAAAUUUUAUAAAGUUUUAACUCGAAAAAUCUGCAGAUCAAGUGUACGACGUGGCGAUAGACUUGUACACAGUGGCGCUGGAGAUCCAUCCGACGGCCGUGCUCUAUGGAAACCGAGCUCAGGCGUACCUGAAGCGUGAGCUCUACGGAUCCGCACUGGAAGACGCCGACAACGCCAUAGCCAUCGAUCCUUCCUAUGUGAAGGGGUUUUAUCGACGAGCCACUGCCAACAUGGCACUUGGACGCUUCAAAAAAGCACUCACCGACUAUCAGGCAGUCGCCAAAGUCAAACCGAACGAUAAAGACGCGAAGGUGAAUGAUACAGAGAUAAUUGUAGGAAAUUACAAACUUUUUGCAGUUUCUCUGACAACUUUAGAAACUUCUUUCUUCUAAACUAAACUUUUUUCAGGCAAAACUCGAGGAAUGCCAGAAAAUUUGGCGUCGGCAGCAGUUCGAAAAGGCUAUAUCGACCGAUCACGACAAAAAGAGCAUUGCGGAGAGCAUCGACGUGAACGCGAUGGCGAUCGAGGACGCCUACACAGGUCCACAUCUCGAGGACCGAAUCACCAAGGAAUUUAUGAUGGAACUGAUUGAAAAGUUCAAGGGACAGAUGAAAUUGCAUAAAAAGUACGCAUUCAAGAUGCUUCUGGACUUUUACAACUAUGUCAAAGCGCUACCGACGAUGGUGGAGAUUGAUGUGCCGGCCGGCAAAAAAUUCACAAUUUGUGGAGACGUACACGGACAAUUCUACGAUCUUAUCAACAUUUUCGAGAUCAACGGAUGGCCCAGUGAGACCAAUCCUUAUGUGAGUUCCAUUAAAUGUUCCGUCUGAAGCUCAGCAAAAGUGAUUUCAGCUGUUCAACGGAGACUUUGUCGACCGCGGCUCGUUCUCGGUGGAGACGAUUUUCACGAUGAUCGGCUUCAAACUGCUCUACCCGAACCACUUUUUCAUGUCGCGCGGCAACCACGAAUCGGAUGUGAUGAACAAAAUGUACGGGUUCGAGGGCGAAGUGAAGGCCAAGUACACGUCCCAGAUGUCGGAAUUCUUCACCGAAAUUUUCUGCUUCCUUCCGUUGUGCCAUUUGAUCAACAAGAAGAUUUUCGUGUGCCACGGAGGUCUUUUCAAAGACGACGGCGUCACUUUGGACGAUAUUCGCAAGACGGAGCGCAAUCGGCAGCCGCCAGACGAGGGAAUCAUGUGCGAUCUCUUGUGGUACAGCCUUUUUUCCAAUUUUUGUACAAAACACAUUUGCACAGAGAUUGUUUUUCCUGAAAAAAGUGGUUUAGGUCGGAUCCGCAACCAAUCAACGGUAGAAGCCCAUCGAAACGUGGCGUCGGCUGUCAAUUCGGGCCAGAUGUGACGGCUAAAUGGUGCAAAGAGAACGGAGUGGAAUAUGUUGUCAGGUAAUGGAAAAAAAAUCAUUAAAUCCUUUAAAAAAUGAUUUGCAGAAGCCACGAGGUAAAACCGGAAGGGUACGAGGCUCACCACAACGGACAGUGCUACACAGUAUUCUCGGCGCCGAACUAUUGCGAUCAAAUGAAUAACAAGGGCGCGUUCAUCACCAUCACAGGCGACAAUUUGACGGUUAGUCGAAUAUAUUUUCAGAAUAACUAUCGGGUGAAUGCGCUCUGUUGCAAAUGUGAUCUCUUUUUUUUCAAAAAUUUCCAUUUUCAGCCGCGCUUCACGUCGUUCGACUCGGUUCCACACCCGAAGAUGCCUCCGAUGGCCUACGCGAACAGGUUGUUCGGAUUUUAG